CCGCCUGGACGACGACGAUGGCGAUACGGGUGACAAAGAAGUGUUUCCUACUGUCCACGCUCGGUGUGCUGGUCCUGGCGGCGGCAUUGGCCGUGACCCUCGUGCUAGUACUUCGGGACGAUGAAGAGAUCAGUGAAACCUAUCGCUUUGCGGCCAGCUCGAUCGAACUGCGCCUCGAAGAGCAACCAGAUCACCGGUACGUCCUGAGCAUCUAUCGAGGUGACGAUCGUGUGCAGAGGAUCACGUUCGAUCACGAUUUUACGGAUGACUCCGACAUCGAAACGUUCCCGAAAGGUAUGCGCCUGUUUGGCAAUGGGCACAACAUCGAAAUUCGCGAGCUAGAGGACAGUGCCGGAUUUGCGUACUUGAGCGUAACGCGUACCUUGCGCAAGGGCCAAAUUGGUAGCGACGUGGUGCAUCUGCACGACACCUUCGGUACGGAUCAAAGCCCACUCCACUGGUACGGUGGUCCGGAGCUGAUGGAACAGUAUUACCCGAUCGAGAAGCUACGCUUCGACGACUAUCCUUACAUCACCAAAGAGCUACACAGUGCGGCCAUCAUCGAACGCUACUGGUUCAACACGGCCGGGGUGUUCUUCUACAUCGACAAAGAGGUGCCACUGUUUAUCGAUCAGGACGAUCAAGUGCUGAGAUUUACCGCAAAGAAGGCACUCCCGUACUACACGUACGACGAUGAGUUUGUGUUUAGUUAUCGCGUUGGGGUGGCGGCCGAUGCCCGCGAAGCACAUCAGAAGGCGGUUGAGCGAGUGCUGAACCAACCGGUAGACAUUCCCGAUGAGCGCAUGGUUCGGCACCCGAUCUGGUCAACUUGGGUACGCUACCGACGUCCAAUAAGCCAGCAAACGGUGCUAGACUUUGCGCGCGAAAUUAAUGCGUACGGGUUCAAGAACGCGCAGCUCGACGUCGACGAUUUGUGGGAGGUUUGCUAUGGAUCGCUUACCUUCAAUACGAUCACCUUCCCGAACGUGACGGAGAUGACGGAAAUGCUGCACGAGAUGGGCUUCCGCGUAACGCUCUGGGUGCAUCCGUUCAUCAACAAAAACUGUGAUCCUUGGUAUACGGAGGCACUAAGCAAGGGUUAUCUGGUAAAAUCGCACAACGAAACCAUCGGCUACAAUACAAAGUGGUGGAACAGUGGCGAAAACGAAGCGUCCUACAUCAACUUCAACAAUCCGGACGCGGUCGAAUGGUACCGGCGACGAUUGCGCGAAAUUCAGGACCUCGGUAUCGACAACUUCAAGUUCGAUGCCGGUGAAACGAGCUGGGCACCGGCCGAUCCAGACAUUGAAGGACCGACGGCACUGUUGCCGUCGAGUCAGACCGUAAACUUUGUGCGAAUGUGUGCCGCUUUCGGUGGUAUGAUCGAGGUGCGUACCGGUUGGGGAACGCAAGAUUUGCCCGUGUUUGUCCGGAUGCUCGACUUUGACACACGCUGGGGUUGGAACAAUGGACUACAGUCGCUCAUACCGACCCUGCUGCAGAUGAACCUGAACGGGUAUCCGUUCGUGCUGCCGGACAUGAUCGGUGGCAAUGUGUACGGGGACGAUAUACUGACGAAGGAGCUGUUUAUUCGCUGGCUAGAGGCGAGCGUGUUUAUGCCGAGCAUACAGUUCUCCAAGACACCGUGGGACAUUGAUGAGGAGAGCAUUACGAUAUCCAAGAAGUUUGCUGAACUGCACGAAACAUACGCGGACUACAUCAUCCAGCGGAUGCGACUGGCCGUAUCACACGGUACACCUGUAAAUCCACCGAUCUGGUGGCUUGAUCCAACUGAUAAGAUCGCUCAAACGAUCUACGAUCAGUUCCUGCUCGGCGAGGACAUUGUCGUAGCACCCGUUCUAGCAGAGUUCGCCAACUCCCGGGACAUCUACCUACCCAAAGGGACGUGGCGUGACGGUAACACGAAUCGGGUGCAUGAAGGUGGCCGUUGGAUCUACAACUACACGGCACCGAUGGACACGCUGCCAUACUUUGUUUCUGCCACGUUCCAAGCAAACUGAGCCAAAUUGCUGAUGAAGUGCAAGUGUAACCGAGUUAUGCUAGU